UUGGCAACUGUCAAAAAUUAGCCAGUAUUACCAAUUACACUACUUUUUCUGCUUUUCCUUUCUUUUUCCGGUCACCACAAUGGGUAUCGAUAUCAGCCACAAAUACGAUCGCAAAGUUCGCAGAACUGAGCCCAAAUCUCAAGAUGUUUACUUGCGUCUUCUUGUUAAGCUGUACCGCUUUCUGCAGCGUCGUACCAACAAGAAGUUCAAUCGCAUCGUGUUGAAGCGUCUGUUUAUGAGCAGAAUUAACCGCCCACCAAUGUCGUUGCAGCGUGUCAGCCGUUUCUUCAAGAAAGCCGAUCAACCCGAAGCUACCGUUGUUGUUGUUGGUAGCAUUACCAAUGACAUUCGUCUUUUGAAAGUACCAAAAAUGACGAUUUGUGCUUUACAUGUCUCACAAACAGCUCGCGAGCGUAUCAUUAAGGCUGGUGGUAAAGUAUUGACUUUCGAUCAGCUGGCACUUAAAUCGCCAACUGGAAAGAAUACAUUGCUGUUGCAAGGCAAACGUACUGCACGCACAGCCUGCAAGCACUUCGGUAAGGCUCCUGGUGUGCCACACUCUCACACCCGACCAUAUGUCCGAUCAAAGGGUCGCAAAUUUGAGCGUGCUCGUGGUCGUCGUUCCAGCUGCGGUUACAAGAAGUAAACACUCGAUUUUGCACGUUUCUACGUUAGUUAUUAGAUUGUGUACAACCACGCAAUUCUUGUUUGUGACAAUGGUUAUACAUUUAGAGUGCAUGACAUCCUGCGCUGUAUCAGUAAUACAAAUAAAAAAUUAAUUACUUUAAUGUUUUUUCAAAGUAAUAAA